GCACUGCUUGGUAGGGACUGAGAUAGCCGCGCUCCGCCCGCCUCCCUGUUUGAAGAUCUCUCUCUCCCUCUGGUGAUUUGAGAUCCGUUUUUCUUUUUUCCGAGCUACGUCCUCCCAGAGAGGGCGCAAUCCCGCAAAGGGAGCGAUGCGCUUCGCCUGGACCACGCUCCUGCUGGGGCCGCUGCAGUUCUGCGCGCUCGUGCGCUGCGCUCCGCCGGCCGCCGGCCAGCAGCAGCCCCCUCGCGAGCCGCCGGCGGCUCCGGGCGCCUGGCGCCAGACGAUCCAAUGGGAGAACAACGGGCAGGUGUUCAGCCUGCUGAGCCUGGGCUCGCAGUACCAGCCGCAGCGCCGAAGGGACCCGGGCGCCACCGCCCCGGGCGCUGCCAACGCCGCCGCCCCGCAGCCGCGCACGCCGAUCCUGCUGCUCCGCAACAACCGAACCGCGGCGGCGGGGCCGCCGGUGGCCGGCUCGUUGGGAGCCGCCGCUGGACGCCCCAGGCCCGCCGCCCGCCACUGGUUCCAAGCUGGCUAUUCGUCGUCCGGGGCCCGGGACGCUGGGGCCUCGCGCGAGGACAACCAGACGGCGUCCGGGGAGCGCCCGGCGCUCAGUAACCUGCGGCCCCCCAGCCGCGUGGACGGCAUGGUGGGCGACGACCCGUACAACCCCUACAAGUACUCCGACGACAACCCCUAUUACAACUACUACGACACCUACGAAAGGCCACGGUCCGGGAGCAGGUACCGGCCGGGAUACGGCACCGGCUACUUUCAGUAUGGUCUCCCGGACCUGGUGCCCGACCCUUACUACAUUCAGGCUUCCACAUACGUGCAAAAGAUGUCCAUGUACAACCUGAGAUGCGCUGCGGAGGAAAACUGCUUGGCCAGCUCAGCAUACAGGGCAAGAGACUAUGAUCACAGGGUGCUGCUAAGAUUCCCUCAAAGAGUGAAAAACCAAGGGACAUCAGAUUUCUUACCAAGCCGACCAAGAUACUCCUGGGAAUGGCACAGCUGUCACCAACAUUACCACAGCAUGGACGAAUUCAGCCACUAUGACCUGCUGGAUGCCAGCACUCAGAGGAGGGUGGCUGAAGGCCACAAAGCGAGCUUCUGUCUUGAGGAUACAUCCUGUGACUAUGGCUACCACCGGAGAUUUGCAUGUACGGCACAUACACAGGGGUUGAGUCCUGGCUGCUAUGAUACCUAUAAUGCAGACAUAGACUGCCAAUGGAUUGAUAUUACAGACGUACAACCUGGCAACUACAUUCUAAAGGUCAGCGUGAACCCCAGCUACCUGGUGCCCGAGUCGGACUAUUCCAACAAUGUCGUGCGCUGUGACAUUCGCUACACGGGACACCAUGCGUACGCCUCAGGCUGCACAAUUUCACCGUAUUAGAAAGCAAGCCAAAACUCCCAAUGGAUAAAUCAGUGCCUGGUGUUCUGAAGUGGGAAAAAAAUAGAUUAACUUCAGUAGGAUUUAUGUGUUUGAAAGAGAAAACAGAAAAAAACAGCAAAAGAAAUUUUGUUUGGACUCUUUAAUAACAAAGCACAUAACUGGAUUUUGAAAAUUUAAAUUGGCAUUAUUUGGGAAAUUUGUAAUAUUAUAUUUCAUGUAACUUUGUGGAUUAACCAAUGUUUCAGUUCUGCAGUUGCACACUUGGCUCUUUCAAAGAAAUCUAAAUUUCUUGUGCUCCCUUAGAAAUUGUAAUGCAAAAGGGAAAAUACUACUUCAACAAAUGAGCCAAAAUUACUUUGUACUGAGAAUUUUCUGAAGUGAACCAUAACAAUAACUGGCUUAUGUAUGUCUUAGCACAGAGUAUUUUAGAAAUGAGGCUCCUACUGUUUAAAUAGAUACAGACACAUUUGGUGCUAAAGAAAGAACAAACACAUUAUCAUUGGUGUCAAGAAAUAUUACUAUAUAGCAGAGAAAUGGUAAUACAUGUAUUCAGAUAGUUACAUCCCUAUAUCAAAAUUAUGUUUACAUUUUUGAAUUAGUAGAUAAACUUUCUUUCUGUCAAGUGUACAAUUUCACUCCGACUUAAAUCAGCUUUUGUUUUGGAGUGAGUUAAAUAAUUGAGCUGCCCAACUCCUGAUCUGACAUUUGCUAAUGCUCCCCUGUACUCUUUAAUUUUUCUAUGGGUAGAGACCUUUUAAGUGGCAUUCUUAAAACUAUCCUUCUGGGGAUUGGUACACGUAGGGCAACAUCAGAAUGGGAAGUCAUUCUGAUGACAGAUAUCAUACAUCUGGAGAUGAUAUGCAUCUAACCAUAUUAAACUUAGAGCCAAAAAAUUUCCUUGAUAUAAAAGUCAUACAAACAAGUCCCCCAAACCCCAACUGUCUCUCAAAUACUUAAAAAAAAAUUAAUGAAGAACAUCCUAGAAUUUUCAAGGUUUCUACAUUGUUUUCAUGUUUGGCUUUUAAAUUAUACAGAAGAAAUGACAUAAUAUAUGCAGAUAUAUUAUGAUAUAUUAUCAUAGAUAGAACUCUAUCAUAGGCCAUCAGGAAUCAUUCAUACAUGGCUUUUUGUGUGUAUUUGAAAUAUAAUCCAAGUUAGCAAAAGCUCAUAGCAUUACAUACUUGAGGAGUUGGUGAAUAAGGUGAAAAAAAAAAACUUUUUGCAAAACCAAGGACUGUGCUGCAUAAUGAGACAGCUGUGAUUAUUAUUUUAAACUGUGAAAACAUGUGCCACAAAAAAAUUGGAGAAUUUCUCUCUUCCCUAGAUUCAAAAGGUACAGGAAGAAAUUAAAUUAUACUUUUAAGUUAGUGGUGCUUAAGCAGAAGUCUUCCUAUAAUAACCAGUAUUAAAAUCUCAAGCAAGGUAUUUCCAAUGCCAGGACACAUUAGGUAGAAUUUAAGUGAGUUGGCAACCCUGUAUUGGUGUGCCAAGUCAACACCAAUUACUAAUAAAUCAUUCCGCAAUCACAAGGCAAGAGCAGCUAGCAAUAGACAGUCUUGAAGGGGAGGGUAUAGCAGGGUAUGUGGAUUGUGUGGAUCCACAUCUGCGAGGACACACACUUACCAGCAGAAAAUACAGAUAGCUUGAUAGAGACUCAGUACAUUCAUUGAACUAGUAUCUUAGCUAUGGAAUAGCUUCUUUGAUGUACCUCUUUGCCUUAAAUUGCUUUUUAGUUUUAAGAUUGUAUAAUGAUCCUUUCAAACUGUAAUCUUUUCUAAUAGAGAUAUUUUAAUAUAGUUGCUUUUUUUUAAAAAAAGUACAAAAACUACUGUCAGUAUUAAUACUGAGCCAGACUGGCAUCUGUAGAUUUAAUAUCUAUCAUUUCAUUAAGAUUCUUACCCCUGAGUUAAAAACUAUAUCAUGGCCUUUAGAUACAUAUGACAAGACGUAUUUGCUGAUUCAUUGGGCCAUCCGUCUGUCUGCCCAUCCAUCACAUUUGAGGGACUAAUACAUGUCAGGCACUCACAUGCUAGGCAUUGGGAUAUAAAAGACUGCCCCAACCUCAAUAAGUAUUAAAAAUGUCAUUAUUACCCAUUAGUUUUGUAGAUUUGACAUAUUUCAUUUUUAACGUCUAAAAUUUUUCGAUUUUAAGCACUAUUAUUAUUCAUGACCAUAUUUUAUUUUAAAAAAUAAGUUAAAAAUCAUAGUUAUAUGCAUGUAUGCAUUACUAAUAAUUAAAACUAUGUUUCCAAUCCUUGAAAUGUCUGCCUUUUAAAUAGAACACCUACUCUUUGCUUAAUAUCAAAGAAAAAAAAGGUUUCAAUUAGGAGGCUAAAGAUUCUUGUUUAUUCCUUAUGUAACCAUUCCUCCCUGCUGCCGUCCACUGGCCCUAGUCACCUCCUUAACACUCCCAAAUAACUCACAAGUCAAUACCUAAACACUCAGUUGAACACUUUGAACAAAUUGAACACUCAGUUUUUUAAAACCUCAUGGGAUCUCUUCUCUGAAUAACCACCAAAGCUCACACAUAAUGAUUAGCUGGUAAAAGUUAUCCAUUAAUAAAAUGAAAAAUACAAUCCAGUCUUACCAAAAUCUAAAGUAACCAUUGUUUAAAUAACAAAUAGGAAUGACACAAAGAAUAUGGAGUACUGAAAGACUGGCUUUUAAACUAAUAAAGACUGUGAGAAUAUUGGUUCAGUAGGAAGAUAAUUUAGUGAGUCUUUUACAUGCCUCGUAAUUAUUCAGACCACAAUGUGGAUUAAAGAUGUUUAGAUCUUUAGAGGAUUCAGUCUCCCAACACUACCAUAACAUGAAUCUACAACUUGCCUAUUUCCAGUAAAUCUUUAUAUUUUUACAUAAUAAUUUUACUCACCAUUUCUAUCAUCUAAUUAUGUACUAGGCAUUGUUUGUAAUAAUGAACAACAUAUUUUUUUCUCUUUGAAACCUCAUAAGAUCAUCGUACUCAUAAACAUUCCCAAUAUUCAGAUUUUAGAAGAAAUGCAGUUCACUAAAAUUAUUGUGGCACUGAGAAUUCAUCUUUAACAAAUUAUUUGGAAAUAUUUAUUUUCUGGUCAGAAGAUGUUUUGUUUUAAAAGUAACUUGUUUUGAUACUAACAGGAUAGUAAUUGAUAAGUAAAAAUUACCCUUUUACUAUAUUUUUUAUGUUUAGAAUUCAUAGUCACAAUCAAUAUAUUCAAUCAACGGCUAUUUCCUUCCCAGCUACAAAAAGUCCUGGGCCACUUUUGAACACAUAAAGCAUUUCAUUUAUCCUUGAAGCCAAAAUGGUGCUGAAUUAUUUCAACUUGAAUGUAAAAUGUGUUAAGUCUUAGCUCACAGAAUUUAAACAUUUAGUUAAUAUAUAACUGCUUGCUAUGAACUAAGUGACAUGUGAUUUGGUAUUGUAAUGUUUUUAAUAAAAUUUUAGUUUCUCCAAAAUUUUUUAGGAAUCCUGUUUAUAAGACAUUUUAACUUUUCUGACGGGCUCUUAUUUUAAAUGCCUAGACACUGGCCUUAUACUCUUCUUUACACUCUUACAUUCUUUUAUUAUAUGCCUAUACUAUGAUUGCAAGAUUAUGUAAAAAUGCCUUGAAUAAAUGAUUUCAAGUGUCUAGAGUGGUCACUUGUUAUAUAUACAUAAAUGAUACUAAUUUCA